AUGAGUGAAAUAAUUGACCAAAAUAUAUUAAAGAAAUAUGAAAUUUUGACAAAAAUUGGUAAAGGAGCAUAUGGAAUAGUUUGGAAAGCUAAAGAUAUUAAAAGUUAAAAGAUAGUAGCAUUAAAAAAAGUAUUUGAUGCUUUCAACAAUCCAACAGAUGCAUAAAGAACUUACAGAGAGGUAAUUAAGAAGUUUAUUAUUAUUUAAGGUUUGUCUUUUAAAAAAGUUAAAUCAUCCUAAUAUUGUAUCAUUAAUUGAUACUUAUCCAGCUGAAAACUAAAAUGAUCUAUAUAUGGUUUUUGAAUACAUAGAAACUGAUCUUCAUGUUGCCAUUAGAGCUAAGCUUUUACAACCUCCUCAUAGAAGAUAUAUAACAUAUUAAAUAUUUAAAGCAUUAAAAUAUAUUCAUUCAUCAGGCAUGAUACAUAGGUAUAAAAGAAGAUAAUAAAUAAUUUAGAGACUUAAAGCCAGCAAAUAUUUUAUUAAAUUCUGAAUGUUAGAUUAAAUUGGCUGAUUUUGGUUUGGCUAGAAUUGUAUCUACUUGGGAAGAUGAUAUAUUGACAGAUUAUGUAGCAACAAGAUGGUUUAGAGCUCCAGAAAUUUUAUUAGGAUCAAAAUGUUAUUCGACUGGAGUUGAUAUGUGGGCUAUGGGAUGUAUGAUGUGUGAGAUGAUUAUGGGUAAGGCAUUGUUUUCAGGGACUUCAACCAUAAAUUAAAUAGAAAAGAUAAUUGAUGUUCUUGGACUUCCUACAUAAGAAGAUAUAUAAAGUUUUGGAGGAUAAAAAUAAUUAUUCGAAAAAUUCUCUAGAAAUUAUAAAUUUAACUUAAAAUCCAUCUUGAAUUGUAAUAAUGAUGAAUUCGAUUUAAUUACUAACUUAUUAGCUUAUAAUCCAAAUAAAAGAUUAAAUGCAAUUGAAGCAUUAAAACAUCCUUAUUUUAGAGAAUUUCAUAAUGUUGAAGAAGAAAUCACAUUUAAAGGAUAAAUUAAACUAGAAUUAAGAGAUGAUAAAUUGUUUCCUAUUCAACUUUAUAGAGAUUUAUUAUAUAAAUAAAACAAAAAUUCUAAUAGAAUGAUAAAUUUAAUAAAUAAAUAAAAAAAAUUAAUAUAAAUAAUUGAAAAAAAAGAAAUUGAAAGUUUAAAGAAAGCAAAAAGUUAAUAAUAAAUAAAUUAAUAAUCUACUAAGAGUGCCUUUUUAUAAAAUAAUUCAACAACAAAUUUUGAUAAAAGUAUUAAUAAAACUGUUGCAAUUCCAUUGUAAAAUAAUUAUUCAAAAUAAUAAACAAAUUUCAAUAAUUUAAAAUAAUUAUAAUUAUAGAAUAGAUUGAAAUAGAUAUGUUUAUCUUCUCCUGAUAAAAUUGAAAAUACUAUAUAAUCAAAAUCACCUAAACCAUAAAUGUUAAUACCACAAAGAUAAUUUAUUAAAACAAACCUAAAACCAAUUACCUUUAACAAUUUAAUUGAUACAUCCCUUAGCCCUUAAUCAUUAUCCAAACUAUAAAUAAUAAAUUCGCUAACUCAAAUGUAAUUAUGA